AUGUCGACAUCACAGAACACCCUCUUAGACCACUCCGAAGACCAACCACCUCAACCCAAUAAAGUAAACAAUGGAGAAACAAUUAUCUUGUGUGACAGCAAUGGUCGUCACAUAAACCCCAACCUGUUAUGCCCUGGUUCAAGGACUUCCUACAUCCGAUGUCCAACCCUGAAUGAUGCUAGUAAGAUCAUAGAACAAACCACAUUCACGAACCCUAAAACAUUCCUUCUUCACUAUGGAACCAAUGACCUGGAGUCUAACCAAUCAGAUGAAGAAAUCAUAGGACGUCUCAAAUCCACGGUAACAACCAUAUCCAGUAAACACCCUGAAAGUAAAGUGAUUCUCUCAACACUAUUACCCAGAAAAGACAACCUGAAUGAAAGGACCAAAAACAUUAACCACAGUCUAGAAGAAACAUUCUCGGCUUCCAAAAUCUAUGUUGUCAAACAUGACAACAUCAAGAUAGAAGACCUGCGUGACAAAAAACAUCUGAACACGAUUGGCGUCAAACGUUUCGCCUUAAACCUUAAAAGAGCAUACUUUGGUCAUUCUCCCCCAAAUACCGACAAAACAAGAAAAUCCCACAAUCACCCAACAAAACCCAGAUGGCAAUCCAACCAAAGAAUCAACCAACAAACCAAUACGACACUUCCACCCUUCCACCAGAACCACACCACAAACCAUCAACAUCCAAAUGAGCUCCACACAAUAAACAACCGCUAUACUCCUUUCUUCGACAACCGCAUGCCAUUCAACCAACACCCACCACACAAAAGCACCAGUCAAACUGCAGGAAACAGAAUGACGAAACACCAAGAAGAGAAAUUAUUACAAGAAAUGGUCCAACUGAUCAAAGUUUUACAUACUAGGUAUGUUAACUAG